UGGAGCCGAGCCGAGUCGAGUCGAGUCGAGCCGAGCUAAAGUCGGACAAACAGCUGCACUGCACACACACACUGUGGAACAGAGCUAACUUCAGACAUCAUGGACAACUGUGAUUUAGAGAAACUCUGCGUCUCUGCAGGGAGCCUCCGUCCGGACUUCGCACCGGAAGUGACGGACUACACGGUGACGGUGGAGAGCGGCGUGGCCACAGUGACCGUGGACGUGGUCACUAGUGACUGUGCAGCCUCACACAACAUGCUCUCUGGAGACGGGUCCAGCCUCAUCCACCUGAGUGAUGGGCUGAACAGGGUGGAAGUGGAGGUGGUAGCUGAGGACGGCUCCUUAAAGAAAUACCGUGUGGACGUCACCAAGCUGUCUGCACAGGUCGCACAGCUCAGUGCUCUGACUGUGGACGGAGACGUUCAGCUGCAUCCGGCUUUUUCCUCCAAUGUCUACGAAUACAAGAGCAUCGUUCCCUUUCACUGUGAUGCUGUGACGCUGCUUCCCGAGGUGCAGGACCGACACAUCACAGUCGCAGUGACCGGGGGAGACGCCUCUCGACGCGUCCCUGUGAACUUUGGAGACACUGCGGUGCAGAUCUCCGUCCGGUCAGCAGAUGGCAGUAAUUCACAGGUGUACACGGUGUCGGUGACUCGAGAGCUCGUUCCGCUGGCUGUGACCUUCACUGAUGGGAAGCAGCAGCUGGACUAUGAAUGUCCAGUGUCCCUGAGUGCUUUUUAUAGGCCGGUGUCUCUCAGCCACAGUGACCCCAAGCAGACCCUCUCCAGGCCGUAUAGUGAGAUGCUGGCACGCAGAUCAAGAGUCGACCCACUUAGCGACUGUCCUCUGGGAGACGGCUGGAAGGUCGCUGAGCGGGACCUUGACGGGGAGAUGUCUGCUGCCCCGGUCAAGUGCUUCUUUGUUUACCGAGGAUGCGACCGAGUGAUGAAACUGUCCGAGCUGGGGUCACACGUUCCUCGCUGCCCACACAGACCCACAGGACCCCUGGAUUCAAAGGAUGUCACAGAGACAAGUUGGUAUAAGAAGCACUUUGCAUCAGCCGGUUGUUUGGAAAUAGAGACGAGACACAUUCUGGAGGUGCGUAACUGGGAGAAGAGAAUACAAACGACAGCAGGAGAAGACAAUGUGAAUGAGCUGUGUGCCUUGGCCCAGCAUCAUCUGAAACUCUACCGACAGCACCUGCCAAAACCAGGGGACAUGUUGCAGCACGAGGGCGGCCGGUCUCCUCUGCAGAGCCUGGAGCAGGCCGCUGUCCACUGUGCGUCCGCUAUCAGACUGAGCUCCAGAGAGGCCAGGCUCCACUUCCUGUUGGGACAGGUUCUGGAGGAGCAGCACUACGCCACAGAGAUGUACGGCCUCCAGAGGAAGGCCGACAGGGACAGAGAUGAAUUGAGCGACGCCAAGUCAGCAGCACGACAAGAUGAGAUCCUCACUGUGUGUAAACUCCACGGUUUCCCCCGCACCCCCACAGUGGAGAACCAGCUUCGGGCCUUGGAUAAAGAGACUCAGCAGCUCAAAGAGCAGGGGCAGUCCAGCAGAGCCGACUACGUUCAGACUCUCCACACGUGGCUCUCCAAGAAAACUGCCAAGGGCGGUGGAUCAGCUCCGCGGGAGGAGGAGAACCACAGCUCUGUCCACCGAGCUCUGAUGAAAUACCUGGACGCCUGGUCUCUGAGUCCAGACAGCUGGGAGUUCAACCUCCACGUAGGACGGCUGCUGCUGCUGCAGGGUCGGAGCAGAGGGGCCCUGCAGCAUCUCCAGAGCGGCCUGGCUCUAAGGCCUCUACAUCCGGCACUCAGAUUCUUCACCGGGCUGGCUCUGCUGCAGCAGGAGCCGAGGGCCUCUGAGGACACGGAGAAGGAGGCUGCUCUGUUCUUACAGCAGGGACUGGAGCACUUUGUCAGCCAGCGCUGCAGCAAGAGCUGGAAGGAGCAGGAUCCACCGGAGACUCUGUCCAGCCUCGACGCAGAGUUCCUGCGAGGCCUCCUCACCCUGGGCCAGCUGCAGCAGAGAAACACACUGUCAGGAAUGAGCGCUGAGCAGGUCUAUCACACUGCAGCCGUGCUGGCAGCCCAGAGUGUGAGUCGGUGUGUGUGUGGUGGACGGGUGAGCGGGCAGCUGGAGUGGGUGCUGCUGGACGCUCACUUCGCUCUGCUGCAGAGGCUGGUCCAGCAGGGUGGGGGCCGGGCCAAGGUGGUCCAAAGAUGCCGGGCCCUCACGGCUCUGAUUGGCCUCAGCUCCAUCCCCCCGUGUCAGGAGCUGCUGGACAUGCAGGAGAAGACAUGCCAGCUGGCAGUAGUGACCACACCGCGGGACAGCCACGCCCUGUGUCUGCUGGGUCUGGCUCAGCUGGCUCAAUAUGGCAACAGCCCAAACUCAGAGAAGUCCCAGGAAGCCAUCGCUGAUGCCUGUCUCAGUUUCCAGGCCAGCAUUGAGCUGGAAGACAAGACGCAGGGCGGGGAGCCACCUGAACAGCUGAGACAACAAAAAUGGUGGCAGGACCGGCAGAACUCUGAGAAAGAGAAAUCUGCCAAACCACCUACAGCCCAACCAAAAGGAGUGAAGGGGCCCCCGGACCCCGGUGUGGCCAAGAGAGGAGCCAGGCGGGGGAGGGGGGGGCCUGGUCAUGUCCGAGCGAAGGCAGCUGUAACCAAAGCUCCAGCCCCCAUCGGGGGAGGGAAGGCCGGGCGACCCGCAGCCAGGGGGAGAGCUGGAGCAGCAGCCAAGCCAGAUGGAUCAGCUCAUGCCUCCAAAGCAAAGCUCAACAAGUCCAAACAGGCCUGUUGCCCCGGAACUGUUGAGACAGCAGAGGUUUCAGAGGCUCCAGUGGGAGACGGAGUCACUGCGUCCUGUCCAGUGAACUGCAGGUCUCACGUCUCCCGGCUGGGUCUGGCCCGCGCCCUCUCCCGCUCUGCAGACACCCAGGAUGAGGCCAAGCGGCUCUACCAGAAGGUCAUCUCCAUGGCACCAGGGCUCCACGAUGCCUAUAUUGAGUUGGUGCAGCUGCUGGAGCCGUGGGACCCUCGGGCUGCAGCGGAGCUUUACUGCAGGUUCCCUCUCAGGCCUGUGGCCGAGCAGAGCUUCGACGACGCCUUCAUCACCGGAGAGAUCGUCCGCCUGCUGCUGGCGCUGGAGCAGUACAACCACCCGCAGCUGGGCCCCAGCCUCGUGGCACACGGAAAGGUCAUGGGCCUCAGCAGCAUUGAGAAACACAUGGACGUCUUGGAUGCAAAGUCCAUGACCGAGCUGCUGAGGAGCGUCUACGCGAGGAUCCACGACCGACAGGAGGACGACCAGGACCUGCAGGAGUUCUUCAGGUUCAGAUGCUGGAUAUGACGAUGGAAAUAACUCAUGACUCCACUUACUGCUGAUAUAUAUAUCAUCAUUAUGUUCUUCAUUAAGAGGACCCUGAGAAAAUCUUCUUUCCUUCAAAAGCAAAUUUAAUUUGAAAACAGAGUUCACAUUAAAUUGUUAUAUACAAAGUGACCCCCAUAGUGCAACGAGAGACGAGCGCUUCAGUGAGCCGGCCUCAAAAAUGGAACUAGUGGAAGAAGUUAGAUCUUUAUCCCCAAAGUAUUAUUCUGAACUGGAAGCUGUGUGACUCAUUCAUCCGUCCGAACAGAGGCACAGGGUACAGGGAUAUUUCUCAGAACUAGAGGAAAACAUCGCCUCUGAGUUUAAGCACAGAGAUAAAAUCCCACACAGACAUCUCACUGUUCAUUUGAACUUAAUUCUUUUCUGGCAAGUUAGGUCUAAAGAUGAGAAUCAGACCCGCAGUAGGAAAUCGCCAAUCCAAAGAAGACCAGAGAAACAAUUGAGCUGUGGCUGAAGUGUGGUUCAGGCUGCACGGAGCACCAGUGUUGUGGUCGACCGUCUCACACCUGGUUGAGUUUGGUGACGAUGAGCACCCGGACCGACUGGUCGAACCCUGAGCACACACACAGGCCCUGCUUGUCCGGACUCCAGUCCAGGCUGGCGAUUGGCUGCGUGGACAGGGUGACGUUCUGUAGGAGGUUGACGCUGCCGGCCACGCCCAUAUCCACGCCCUCAGAGUCCGGCUUGCUUCUCUGAGCAGGAUACUCACUGUCAUCGUCAAAAUAAAAGGAUUUCACAGUUAAUGAUAAAUCAUGAAAACCUUGAUUCAAAUGAAUGGAAUAACAAAUCAUUGUCGUAAAAAAGAUGGACGACUUACUAUUUCCACAGAUGUAGGUUUCCUGCUCCCCCUGCCGUCAUGAAGACGUCUCUGUUCUGAGGUAAAUGUCUCACCUGCCAGAUGGUCGACUUAUGAGCCUGAAAUAAAGAAGAGGGAUCGUUUACCAAACUGUUAAAUCAGUAAUGGCUAAAUGAAUUCUGAGCACCUCUCUAGACGCUGUAAGAAAACCUCUCAACCACUUUAAUGGGAUGAGGGUCAAUAAUGCGGCCUUACAGCAGUAAGAUUGUUUCAUAAGCAGUUGUAACUCUUUCUAUGAUGCUGAUUCAAACUGGAAACUCUUCAAUAAAUGUCUCUCAUAUAUAGUUUUUA